GCGCUCAUUCGUACCAAAGAAGGACCAGUGGCAGCACUGCGCUCAGGAGUAUAAGACCAAAAACCCGUGAUGGACCAAGUCGGAAGACCGUCAAAGCGCAGAAAGCUCGGCGAUCGCAAUCUCCCAGCAGGCGUCGAUGGAGAGGAGGCUGCGCUAUAUCAGGAUUUGCUCGAGAUGGAGCGCAAAUUGGACUGGGUCAUAGCACGAAAGAAACUUGACCUUUCUGAUGCUCUGAAUAAGCCUGGAAAGACGAGUCGCACCCUUCGCAUUUUCCUGUCUACCCAAUUAUCGAACCAGUCCUGGCAAGUGGCGGAAGGUGACACUGGCCCUGAUGCGGAUUUUUCCUCCAUUAGUCCACCUGCCUGGACAAUGCGCAUCGAAGGUCGUCUUCUCGACCCUCCCUCAAGACACGCGGCGCGCUCUGUGAAAAAGUUCACUCACUAUCUCAACUCACUUGUCGUCGAGCUUGACCGCGAUCCUUCCUUCACAGAGGGAAACAUCAUCGAGUGGCACCGUACAGCACAAACCCUUGAUGCGGAACAGGAUGGUUUUGAGAUCAAGCGGAUGGGCGACUCCACUGUAAAGUGCAAAAUCAUCUUAGACAUUGCACACAGUCCGCCGAGGCUCAAGGUCAACCCCGAUCUGGCAGCCGUCAUAGGCCUGCAAGAGGGCAGUCUGCAGACUAUCCAGAACAUGUUCUGGAACUAUAUCAGACAGAAUGGCCUGCAAGAGAAGGGUGAUCGGCGCAAGAUCCGCCCAGAUGCCGCACUCAAGCCCCUCAUUCUGCAAACGAUGGGACAGAGGGAGAACUUCAUGUUCCAUGAGAUUCCAGCGCUGCUCAAGAUGUGCCUCUCCCCAGCGGAUCCUGUGGUGAUACCCUAUGUUGUUCGAAUGGACAGCACGACUGUGGGGGAACUCAAAGCGUUUGAUAUUGAAAUUGAUGUGGAUGAUUUCGCUCAGAAAAUGCGUGUCAGAGAGGUAAUGGCCGCACUGUCCCCUGAGACGGCACAGCAGAUCCAGCAGCUGGAUGAGGAGAUCUCCCUCGCAGUAGUCUCCGUCCGGCACAGCAAGCUCAAGCGUGACUUCCUACAGUCCUUUGCGUCUGACCCCGCUCACUUUAUCGAACGAUGGCUAUCCUCUCAAGCACGCGACCUCAAGACGGUCAUGGGCCACGAGAGUGGGAUGCGCGGUGACCUCAGGAGAAGCGAUAACUUCCAGCUGCCGUGGGUUGAGGAGGCGGUGGUGGUACAUGAAGGUAUCAGAGUGAGCGAGAGUCUUGCGAAGAUGAUGAACCCGACGCUGCAGGCGCAGCGGUAAGUUGGGUAUGUCAAGCAUGGGUCAUGGACCGGUCAGAUGGUCAACAAGGACUGUCCAGGAACGCGUGAGGGCGGUUGGGCUGCUAUUCUGUGAUCGUUUGACAUUGUGACAGAUCGCUGAUAGUGAUCAUCACAACGUGAUACGUGUAACGUUUCUUUCAUAACCCAGAUAAUUGUAUUUAAUACGGC